CAGAAGAACGCUAUUGUCUUUUUCAUUUUUCCUUUCAACAAAAAAUUGAGAGUUCCAUCUCCUUCUUCCUCUGUAGUCUCCACUUCAAUUGAUACCAAGAAUUGAAAAGAGCAAUGCGAACUACAAAUCUGUCUCAAAUCUUGUGUUUCUAAACGAAUCAGAUCCAAAUAUUAUUUCCAUAGAGGAAUAAGAAAAGGAAGAUGUUGAGAUUGAGAGCUUUUAAGCCGAGCAGUGAUAAGAUAGUAAAGAUACAGUUACAUCCAACUCAUCCAUGGCUUGUCACUGCCGAUGCCUCCGAUCGCGUCUCUGUUUGGAAUUGGGAACACCGUCAGGUAAUAUAUGAGCUAAAAGCUGGUGGCGUUGACGAGAGGCGUUUGGUUGGAGCUAAGUUGGAGAAGCUAGCUGAGGGCGAAUUAGACUCUAAAGGGAAACCCACAGAAGCCAUGAGAGGAGGCAGUGUUAAACAGGUGAACUUUUAUGAUGACGAUGUACGGUUUUGGCAACUUUGGCGUAACCGUUCUGCAGCUAGUGAAGCUCCAGCUGCUGUCAAUAAUGUUACUGCAGCAUUCACUUCUCCUGCACCAUCAACUAAAGGGAGGCACUUUCUUGUAAUUUGUUGUGAAAAUAAAGCCAUUUUCUUGGAUUUGGUUACAAUGCGUGGUCGUGAUGUACUCAAGCAAGAGCUGGAUAAUAAGUCGCUCUUAUGUAUGGAGUUUCUCUCCAGAUCAACUGCUGGGGAAGGCCCUUUAGUUGCAUUUGGUGGAUCGGAUGGCGUCAUUAGAGUUCUUUCAAUGAUAACAUGGAGGCUUGUACAUAGAUAUAGUGGAGGUCAUAAAGGAUCUAUAUCUUGUUUGAUGACUUUCAUGGCAUCCUCUGGAGAGGCACUUCUUGUCUCGGGUGGUAGUGAUGGUUUACUUGUUCUUUGGAGUGCAGACCAUGGUCAAGAUUCACGAGAACUUGUACCUAAGCUAAGUUUAAAGGCACAUGAUGGUGGGGUCGUGGCUGUGGAGCUUUCCAGAGUGAUUGGAGGUGCUCCACAACUUAUUACCAUUGGUGCAGAUAAAACAUUAGCUAUAUGGGAUACAAUUUCUUUCAAGGAGUUGCGGCGAAUUAAGCCUGUUCCAAAACUGGCUUGCCACAGUGUGGCAUCUUGGUGCCAUCCUCGAGCUCCAAACCUCGAUAUAUUGACUUGUGUUAAGGAUUCACAUAUAUGGGCUAUUGAACACCCUACAUAUUCAGCCCUUACGAGGCCAUUGUGUGAGCUUUCUUCACUCAUCCCUCCUCAAAUUCUUGCACCAAACAAGAAACUUAGGGUUUAUUGUAUGGUUGCACAUCCUUUACAGCCUCACCUUGUUGCUACUGGAACCAAUAUUGGUGUUAUUGUUAGUGAGUUUGAUGCCAGAUCUCUUCCAGCUGUAGCUCCCCUACCAACACCACCAGGAAAUAGGGAGCAUUCUGCUGUCUACAUAGUUGAAAGGGAGUUGAAGCUACUGAACUUUCAAUUAUCCAACACAGCAAACCCAUCUCUUGGAAGCAAUGGCUCCUUAUCUGAAACAGGAAAGUACAGGGGAGAAUCAGCUGAACCAUUACAUGUCAAGCAGAUUAAGAAGCAUAUUAGUACACCUGUUCCACAUGAUUUGCAUUCAGUUCUUUCUGUUAGCAGUUCAGGGAAGUUGUAUGGCUCCUUAUCUGAAACAGGAAAGUACAGGGGAGAAUCAGCUGAACCAUUACAUGUCAAGCAGAUUAAGAAGCAUAUUAGUACACCUGUUCCACAUGAUUUGCAUUCAGUUCUUUCUGUUAGCAGUUCAGGGAAGCAGUUGCAAGGCUUUUGGCUUGGGAUACAUGUCGUGAUAGAUACUGCUAUACUGGAAUCUGAAUUAAGCAACCUAGAACAUUCCUGUGAUUCCCCAAGGGGGUUUUUUCCAUCAAGGAGAGCAAGAGAAGCAGCUGCAGCUGCAGACAAAGCUGCAGCAGCUGCUGCAAGUGCUGCUUCUGCCUGCCAGUGUGCAAGUGCGUAUCUUGCUUUGAUGAUGUACGAUGAUGGUACAUCAAAUAUCCUGAUGAGGUCCAUAGGAAGUCGUUCUGAACCGAUAAUUGGCUUGCACGGAGGGGCACUACUAGGUGUGGCCUAUAGAACUUCCCGGAGAAUUAGCCCUGUUACAGCAACAGCUAUUUCUACUAUUCAGUCUAUGCCUUUGUCAGGAUUUGGAAGCAGUGGUGUGUCUUCAUUUAGUACUUUUGAAGAUGGAAUUUAGUAUUUUGAAGAUGAUUUCUCCUCAGAAGAUCUCCUGCGCCUGAGGCAGCCCCUCAAAACUUUCAGUUGUUAUAGGUUGAGAGUCUGGUUAUUUUUUAUCCCUCAAAACUUUCAGUUGUAUAGUUGGGAAAGUUUUGAACCCGUGGGUGGUCUACUUCCUCAGCCAGAAUGGACUGCAUGGGAUCAAACAGUUGAGUAUUGUGCUUUUGCCUAUCAGCAGUAUAUUGUAAUAUCUUCUUUGCGCCCUCAAUAUCGGUACCUGGGAGAUGUUGCAAUUCCCUAUGCUACUGGAGCUGUUUGGCAUCGCAGACAGCUUUUUGUGGCUACACCAACUACCAUUGAAUGUGUGUUUGUGGAUGCUGGAGUUGCAGCAAUGGACAUAGAAACGAGAAAGAUGAAAGAAGAGAUGAAAAUGAAGGAGGUACAGGCAAGGGCAGUUGCUGAACAUGGAGAGUUAGCCCUAAUCACUGUAGAAAAUCCCCAAACUGCUGCACAAGAAAGAAUAAAAUUAAGGCCACCUAUGCUACAGGUGGUUCGUUUAGCUUCUUUUCAGAAUGUUCCUUCCAUACCACCUUUCUUAACAUUGGCGAAGCAGACAAAAGUUGAUGACAGUGAUUGGGCAUCACCAAAGGAGAUAGAAGAGAAGCGGGUUAAUGAGAUAGCAGUUGGUGGAGGAGGUGUGUCCGUGGCAGUUACUCGUUUCCCAACAGAGCAGAAAAGACCUGUAGGACCUCUAGUAGUGGUGGGUGUAAGAGAUGGAGUUCUUUGGCUGAUUGAUAGGUAUAUGUGUGCACAUGCCAUAUCCCUAAGUCACCCUGGUAUUCGCUGCCGGUGUCUUGCUGCUUAUGGAGAUGCUGUUACUGCAGUGAAAUGGGCAAGUAGGCUUGGUAGAGAACAUCAUGAUGAUUUGGCGCAAUUUAUGUUGGGGAUGGGCUAUGCUACGGAAGCACUUCAUUUGCCAGGGAUAUCCAAGAGGUUGGAGUUUGAUCUAGCCAUGCAGAGCAAUGAUUUGAAAAGAGCACUUCAGUGCCUUCUUACGAUGAGCAAUAGCAGGGACAUAGGGCAAGAUGGUACUGGACUUGGUUUGAGUGACAUUCUCAACAUAACAGCAAAGAAGGAAAAUAUUGUUGAAGCAGUUGAAGGAAUAGUGAAGUUUGCAAAAGAGUUUUUGGACCUUAUUGAUGCUGCAGAUGCUACUGCACAGGUUGACAUUGCUCGUGAAGCUCUGAAGAGAUUAGCUGUUGCAGGUUCCAUGAAAGGAGCUUUACAGGGUCAUGAAUUAAGAGGACUUGCUUUACGCCUUGCAAAUCACGGGGAGUUGACAAGGCUGAGUGGUUUGGUAAAUAAUUUGAUUUCAAUUGGCUUGGGACGUGAAGCAGCGUUUUCAGCUGCUGUUCUGGGAGACAAUGCUCUCAUGGAAAAGGCCUGGCAGGAUACUGGGAUGCUGGCUGAGGCUGUACUUCACGCCCAUGCUCACGGGCGGCCAACACUUAAGACCUUGGUUCAGACUUGGAACAAAAUGCUACAGAAAGAGGUUGAACAUGGUCCCUCAACCAAGAUAGAUGCAGCAGCUGCAUUUCUGGCUUCUCUGGAGGAACCCAAGCUUACCAGUUUGGCAGAUGCAGGGAAAAAACCACCAAUUGAAAUUCUUCCUCCAGGAAUGCCAUCUCUUUCUGCUUUUAUUACUGGCCACAAAAAACCUGGUCCUGGUACACUGGGUUCACAGCAGCAACCUAGUAAACCAUUACAAAUAGAAGCAGCCCCAGUAGCUAAUUCUGCACCCAUACCUACAUCUACUCCUAACACUACUGCUGUAACAACACCACAAAAUGCAUCUCCUAGUUCUACCCCGGGAGCAGAAAGUGCUCAACUGCAAUCUGAAGCAAGUGAACCUCCUGGUUCUAUUGAUGAUAAAGCUCCUGUCCCAUCCUCAGGAAGCAACCCAGAUCUUGUUGCAUCAGGAGAAAGUAUCCCACCAAUGUCCACGAGCGAUACAAUAUCGACCCCAACUGAAGUACCACCACCACAAAUACCUGAUAACCAGGGAGCAACUGUUCCUAGUUCUGUGCCCUUAAGUGAUACUCUUGCUUGAAUAUCUAGUUUUAUGGCCCAUUGAAGAACAGGACAUAUUGGGAAUUAUUUAUUGAUUCUUUGAUUUGCGGAGAAUCACAUGAAAAGGAAUGCGAAGCUAGAUAUAAGUUUCACUGCAAGUUGACUCCAUGUCAAUAUUUUAUGGACGAGUAGAUCACAUAUCCUUGUAUGAUUUCAUCGAGAGUUGUUUCAUUGCCUUGUUUGUUGUCCUUAUUCAUUUAUUGACUUUGAGAGGCAGAAUUUAUCUAUGUUCUGCCAGUAUUCUGAUUUGUAUUAUUUGCUUGUACCAUAUAGAUUUUACAGUGCUGUUCAUAUUUUAGAUGUUAGUUUAAAUUUUGUAGUGGGUUCAGUUGGAGAGUUGUGGACUAUUUCUAAUGGAGAUCAUUUAUUGAUAAUGCAGAGAUGGAUUUAUUUUUA